AUGAACUUCGCACGAACUCGGAUCGUUGCGGCCACACGUGGUUGCUUUCAUCUUCCGACGUUCCAACGCUCGCUGUCGACCAAUACGGACGUCGAUAACAAUGCAUUUGUGCAUAGUAUGUCCAAGGAGCAGGCAAAGAAGGCGUUAGAACGUAGCGCUGCUAUCCGCGCGGACCACUUUGCCGUCAAGAGCGACUUUCCCGUCUCGAGUCAGGGUGAGCAUCAGGUCGACGUGGACGAGGCGAAUCGCAAACGCAUUAUCUACCGCAGUAAACAACGUGGCUGGCUGGAGGUGGAUCUUCUGCUUGGUCGCUGGGCCAGUCGAGCGUCAUGCAGCUCUCAAGUGACGAGUUGCAACAGCACGAAGACAUUUUGA